AUGGUUCGCGCAUCCACACCAGCCCUUCGUGGGGCACUACGCUGUGUUCGAUCUCGGCCGGUAUCUGCUCUGUCGCAGCAAAGAGUAUUUGGAGCCUCCACCCGGUGUCUGGCAAACGACAAGCAGGCGUCCUUCAAGAGCCAGCUCUACGAGAGCACCCAGCAGCGACUCAAACGCGAGCGGGCCGAGCAGGAGCGGUUCGCCCAGUAUCAGCCUCAGUCAGCUGGCGGUCGCUAUGCUGCCUUGAUGUUCGCUUUGGUCUUCUUCUCGACCGGUGCAUACUACCUGGGCUCCCUCAAGCCUGCCUCCCUUCCCGAGUCAUCGACCACCUCUCUAGCAGAUCUCGGUCCGCCGAAGCACAAUGUGUCCCCGUCCAACCUGCAGGCUGCAUGGACUGACUUUGUCGAGAUCUUGGGUAAAGAGAACGUCUCUACCUCGCCGGGCGAUGUGGAAAUGCAUUCCGGGUCAGACUGGUCAUCCUAUACCCGCAAGGAUGAUGAGAAGCCGUUCUUGAUCCUCUAUCCCUCGACCACUGAGGAGGUGUCGCGCAUCAUGAAGAUAUGUCACCAGCGAGUGAUCCCAGUCACCCCGUACUCCGGCGGCACGAGCUUGGAGGGCCACUUCGCCUCCACGCGUGGUGGUGUGUGCAUUGACUUCCGCCGCAUGGAUCAGGUCUUGAAGCUUCACAAGGAUGAUUUGGACGUGGUCGUGCAACCGGCCGUUGGAUGGGAGGAGUUGAACGAGGAGCUGGCCAAGGAUGGACUUUUCUUCCCCCCAGACCCCGGCCCCGGAGCUAUGAUUGGUGGUAUGGUGGGCACUGGCUGCUCGGGAACCAAUGCUUACCGCUACGGGACAAUGCGCGAGUGGGUUUUGUCUUUGACCGUGGUUCUCGCCGAUGGAACUGUCAUUCAGACCCGACAGCGCCCGCGCAAGUCCAGUGCAGGCUAUGACCUUAACAAGCUCUUCAUUGGAAGCGAGGGCACUCUCGGACUGGUGACAGAAGCGACGCUGAAGCUCACGGUCCGACCUCAGAGCCAAAACGUGGCCGUGGCUAGCUUCCCCAGUAUCCACAGCGCCGCUCAGUGCGUCACCCAAGUGGUGAAGGCCGGCAUUCCCUUGGCCGGAGUCGAGAUCCUCGACGAUGUUCAGAUGAAGUGCAUCAAUGCCAGCGAGAGUACAAGUCGCCAAUGGAAGGAGUCCCCUACCAUCUUCUUCAGGUUCACGGGGACGCCCGCGGCCAUCAAGGAACAGAUUGGCAUGGUGCAAAAGCUUGUCAAAAACACCUCGGGCAAGUCCUUUGAGUUUGCUCGAGGCGAGGAAGAAAUGCAGGAACUGUGGAGCGCGCGGAAGCAGGCCUUGUGGAGUGUGAUGGCGAUGCGUAGGAGUCCCAUGGAUCACGUCUGGACCACCGACGUAGCGGUGCCAAUGAGCAAACUGCCCGACAUCAUUGAAGCCACCAAGGAGGAUAUGACCAAGAGCGGACUGCUGGCUGGAAUCUGCGGUCACGUCGGAGACGGUAACUUCCACGCUAUCAUCCUGUUCAACGACGGUGAAAGAAAGGUGGCCGAGGGCGUGGUUCACCGCAUGGUCAAACGAGCCGUGGAGAUGGAGGGCACCGUGACGGGCGAACACGGCGUCGGGCUUGUCAAGCGAGACUAUCUCGCACACGAGUUGGGCGAAUCUACGGUGGAUGCCAUGCGCCGGUUGAAAUUGGCUUUUGACCCGCUUCGUUUGCUUAACCCGGACAAGGUUGUUCGAACUGAGCAGCCAGCGCCGGGUGAAGUCAAGGAAUGGUAG